AUGAGACGCGCCAUACAAGAAUCAGCUGUGAAGACGGACGUUCUGCUAGGAAGAGUAGUGAAGAUGAGUCAAAUUGGAAUCGAUCGGAUACCUUGUGCUCAGGUCCGAUGUCAGCGAAACGAGUUCAACACCUACUUGAAGAUGUACUUUUCUCGUUCCUUCGAUUACUGGGCGAUAGAUCGAGGACAAUUGGGAAACCUCGGAGAUACGGUGAUGAUUCGAAACAUUGAUGAUUUAUCGCAAAGACCUACCGCUGCUGUCACUCACAAAAUUGAUCGAGUUGUGUUUCAAUACGGUAAUGUGAUUGAUCCAGUGACCGGGAAAAGGGUAAUCAACGACGAUUUUAUGGAUGAUAUCGAGUUGAAGAAAAAACUCGUGCAUGAUGUAUUGGAGACACCAGCAGAACAGGAGUCAUUGCUUUUUGCCGAACGACGUGCACUUCAACGACAGCUAUUGGAAAAUGCACAAAAGGAUGACGAUUUCAGGGAAGCCGCUAAAGCUAUAGAAAAUAAGACCUUA